CGUAUAUGCAAUCGUCACUUCCGUGUUGUUAACAAGGUUCAACCAACUAGCCAAUUUCUGUUACAAGGCCCGGUGUGUGAUCGGUAGAGUUUUGUGAAUAGUAACCAACUGAUGGGACUAAACUUUUAACAACUCCCUAAAAACAUUCGUGACCCUCUUCAGAUUUUUCUGACCACAGCAGGGCACACUGGAUGGACCGGCGAGUAACAGUCAAGGCCUGCUCUUGACAUCCUCUGGAUUUGAAUGUGUAACAUAACUCCACAAUGGCCAGUAACUUCCGAAGCUACAUCUGGGACCCGGUCCUUAUUGUGGGUCAGAUUGUGUUAAUGCAGUGCAUCUACUACAGCUUCCUAGGCCUGUGGUUGGCUGGAGUGGACAGUCUGGUGCAAAGUAGUCGGUCACUGGAUCAGAUCUUCAGCUAUGAAGUCCUUGGCUUUGCAACAAUACAGGGCAGGCUCUCAAUGAUGGCAUUCAUAUUGAACUCACUUACUUGUGCAAUCGGUCUGUGGUUUUUCGUCAGACGAGGGAAACAGUGUCUGGACUUCACUGUCACCGUGCAUUUCUUCCAUAUGAUUGGCUGCUGGAUCUACAACUCUCAUCCUCCAGCCGCCCUGUCCUGGUGGCUGGUCAAUGUAGCCUGCAUAGCUUUAAUGGCGGUCAUUGGGGAGUACUUGUGUAUGCGGAGCGAGCUCAGGGCCAUUCCAGUCAAUAGUGGACCCAAGUCUAACCUGUGAAUUUCUUUUGACAUCACACUGAAAACCUGUGGACGUAGAUGUGGGCGCAUAAUCUUGCUAAGAGGACUCUUUCUACCAGUUUGAAGAGAAACAGAGGAUGAUUGUCCGUUGGUGCAGACUUUGGAUUUGCGUCUGUCUACGAUUCAAGUGAAACACCGGACAAACUGAUCUAUUUAUUCAUAGCUAUCUUCUAAAUGUUGGAUAGCAUCAACUCUGUAGCAUAUUAAGAUAAAUGUUUUAAUGCUUUGGAAAGUGGAUGGCAGUUUACAUCUGUCUCUGAACCUAAAAACCUAAAGAUGUUUUUCUUAAUUAUUUCAUUUUUGUUUUCAUUUUAAGGACAUUGAAAUAAGUAUCCCAUUCCCUAAUUUUGAGAUUUAAGAUAUUUUGACUUUUCCAGUUAUGUGCACAUUUAUUAAAAUGUUAAGGGACGGAUUCAGCUUACAAACUGUCUUUUAAAGCAACAAACAUGUCUUCUCUCUCUUUUGGUUAUUUCACCGCCGAGCCUGGAGGGUCGGUUAACGAACGAGACCAUCAUGUUCCAGCAUCAUUUUGGAAUUUGAAAUUCAGAGUUAUCUUUCACAGUUUUAUCAUUUCAAACCGUGAUACCUAAGGUCUCUGAUUUAAAGUCAUCCAUCAAUCAUCCAGAUGCAGGAGAAACUUGUCUGCUUAAUAAUCUCAACGCACACAUGCGGUCAAAUCAGGCUUAUUUGACCUCUUUGGACAGAGUUUGUACAUUCAGGCUCAUAAUACUCACUUUAAGUCUUCUUCGUUGGGCGUGCAUACCACUUUGCACAGUGAGGGUUGUUUUCUUCUGUCUCCACAUGUCAUGAUGUAUUAUUCAGACAAGGUGGCCACUUGGGGGUUGGUUUGUCAGCCACCAGCUGUGUUCUGACAGCAGGCUGUGUCUUUGUUACUGAAACACUCACUGUUUGUGGGGAUGUGAUGUUAAAGAACUGGGAUGUGCAGCCCUCAUGGUUUCACAAACAAAUUCUGCUUUCUCAUGUAGUGGCGGCUUUCAAACGCCUGCCUAAAUCUACAGCUUUUUAUUCUACAGUUGUUUUAUAUUGUGUGGUGACUGUCAGAUCUAGCUGUCACAGCAUUGAUAGUGUGCACUAAGCAGUGGCUUGUUUUUAAAUCAGGUGUUGUGGAAGUUCAGUCCAUUAUUACUCUACAUUUAAAAUUUGUAAAAUGGUUGGGCACUAUGGGAAUCACAUGCUCUCGCUUCCUUCCUGAGAUUUUAAGCAAAGAUCAUAACAAGCCAUCAGUCUGUGUGGUAAAUAUGAAGCUUGAACCAUUACAUGCUUUGCCGCAAGAGGUGUUGUUUAAAACUAAACUUUAUACAGCAUUCAUUAAUCUAUCUGAUUAUCACAUCAUAUCUUGUUGUAUGACCACCAUAAUGCAAAAUGAGAAGUCAUGCUUUUGUGCUUUAAUGAGCCUAACUCAUUCCUUGGCUGGAGCUGUGACUUCCUGGUGUCAUGCUUACAACUUGAACUUCACCAUGAAACAAAAUGUUAUCAGGCAACUACAACAUAUAUGUAAAUGUUUGGCCCACAAGUUUUUUUUUGUGUGUGUGCAAAUUAAACUGGAUACAACUUUGCAAAUAUGAGUUAUAAAGGUACUGGCAGGGUUUAUCUUUGUUUUGGAGGGAUACAAGGUAGUAGUUUCUACCUGCUUUCGGUCUUUGUGCUUAGCUGAGCUUCAUAUUUAUUGCACAUUUAAGACAAUGGCAUUGAUUAUCACAUCUAACUGUAUUAGAAAACAAAUUAGCAUACUGUGUAUUAAAAAAAACGUUGAAUUCUCUUUAUCAUUAUGUUUAAAGUCAGGACUGCUCUGUUUGAACAGAUGUCCUCUGUCAUUUCAUUAUUUCUAGCAAAGACUGCUUCGAAAGAUUUCCCAUGCAAUGCUGUCCUUUUUUUUCCUUUAACAAAAGCGUUCCUUUGUUAAAGCUCAUUGGAAUACAGAGAGCUGAAGAGAUGGGCCUUUUUAUGUGAAUAAAUUCUCUGACUUUUUAAUCUUGUGCAAAAACA